AUGUCGCCUCCCGCCAUCAUCGCCCCCUCGAUUCUUAGCGCCAACUUCGCGAAUCUCGGCCAUGACUGCGCGACCAAGAUGAAGGAGGGCGCCGACUGGCUCCAUGUCGACAUCAUGGACGGUCACUUCGUCCCCAACAUGACUAUCGGAUGCCCUGUCGUCUCUCAGAUCCGCGGCUGCGUCGACCGACCCCUCGAACCAGGCUCGACCGGCACCUUCGACUGCCACAUGAUGAUUAUGGAGCCUCACAAAUGGGUCAAGGAAUUCCAAAAGGCCGGCUGUGACCUCUACUGCUUCCACUACGAAGCUGCCGUAUCCUCCGUCGCCGCGACUGACCCCACCGAUAAAACAACAACCGACCGAACCUCCCCGCGCCAAUUGAUCAAGUACAUCCACGAGGAGGGCAUGCAGGCCGGUGUCGCAAUCAAGCCGGAUACUCCGGUGGACGUCCUCUGGGAUAUUCUGGACAGCCCGGACCAGGCCGAGCGCCCAGAUAUGGUUCUCGUCAUGACAGUGCACCCCGGUUUCGGCGGACAGAAAUUCAUGGCCUCUGAGUUGCCUAAGGUGACCGCUCUGCGCGAGCGCUAUCCCGAUCUGAACAUCGAGGUUGAUGGUGGUCUGGGCCUGGGCACGAUCGACCAGGCCGCGGAAGCCGGUGCCAACGUGAUCGUGGCGGGCUCCGCGAUCUUCGGCGCCGCCGACCCGGCCGAUGUCAUCAGCAAGCUACGCGAGGCAGUCCAGAAGCGACGCGGGACAGCUUGA